CAAGACCCUAGACGUGGAUAGAGACAGUAAAAUAUUAAGGCUUACUCUAAUCCAUCUUUAGAGGCCUCCCGGGGACGAUUUUCAAGAGAAACAGGCGUCUAGGAUGCACCUUGAGAUGGAUUAGGGUGAGCAGCUCUAAAUAUAGUCAAUUUCAGUGUCGGCGCGACUAGAACAAUGAUACUCAGUAAGAAGAAGACGGCCCCCUCAGCAUGUACUAACAUUUCUGAACAACAUAAGGAACCUUCAAAUAGACCAACUGUAGCGCCGGAUAACAAGGAGAUUGCGAAACAAGUACUAGCAACCUCUUCAAAAACUACAAGUAGGGAUAUUAACGAAGAGAUACCGAAGAUAUCGAAAGGAGAGGAAGAAUGCACCGAAGAGAAAGACCAAUCACUUGCAGUUCCAGCACCUCUGGUCACAACAAGAGCAACCAGUAGUUCUCCAGCUACAGAAAAACUUCGUUUUGAUUUGAGAAACAAUAGUUUGUUUGUUCUAGGUCUAGACGCAAAUGCAGACUAUACGCAUAGCAUUCGAAGAGACAAGCGCUUAGACAGGGACAAGCGCGAAGACGAGUUGGCCUUCGGUGGAGAAAGAAUCAGUCUCACGUUUCGACUGGUAAAAACCUUUCUCAGGAGACCUGUUAAUACGGUCAACGGUGCUUCUAAGCCUCUUCUAGUUGGCCAGGGGGCUCCUCGGACUUUCCGCAAUCUCCGUCUAUGCGACCACGAUCGAGUAGGAGACCGAUACGGCACACUGUUUCAUGAGGGUAUUGCGGAAAAAGUAGCAGACCUUGAGAAUGUUGCAGAAAGUGUAGUUGCAGAUGAAACGCGUAUGGUACAUGCCUUUUCAUUAGAAAAUCGGCAAAGUUUGAAGGAGUUUGAUUGGCAUGCUGUAUAUGGGCAAGGAUUCGAUAGCUUGUAUCUUUUGGAUUAACUUCGACUUCUACUACAAGCAGGUACAAUAGUUCAUAUCUUUUAGAUUAACAACUUCUACCUAUAACUAUAAUAAAGGUAAAGUUUUUUUAUGUGGUGAUCAUUUUACAAUGACUUCCUUCUUUCGGACACAGUCGCAGCCCACAACACUUCAAUGAUUUGCACAGAGCAUGAUCGUAGCGCUUUUGUUCGUGAUCUUGUUAUUGUUUUCUUCACAAGAACAACUUGAUUACUUCAUUGUGUAAACUAGUGACCCAAUGCCGUAUGCAUUGAGCAUCGGUCGCCAAAAACCUUCACCGUUUGAGUAAAAAAGCAGGACUAUGUUUUCAAAGAUGAAAGUGCAGAUCAUGGUUGUAGUUUCAUGGAACGAAAGCAUUGAUACAGAAAAAUAUUGACCACGACGAUGUUCGAGGGACUUGCUUCUCCAUCUCUCAUUCUUGAAGCAUUCUA